UUUCAACUUCUUCUAGGUCCUUCUCUCACAAAAACGAAAGAACUCGUCUGGGAGGGAAGGGACGCAGAACGCGUUGGAAGUUCGAGAGCUGUAUCGCACACAGAGUUGUGACAACUGCACACUCAUCAUGGACAAUUUUGUCAAUCACUACAGUGUUCUGGGGUUACCCUCCGGUGAUGAAGGAGCAAAGCUUAGCGAAAAGGAAAUUUCCAAAGCAUACAAAUUGAAAGCUUUGGAACUUCACCCAGAUAAGCGGCCAGAUGAUCCAAAUGCCCAAGCUAACUUCCAAAACUUGAAGACAUCAUACGAGGUUCUCAAGGACGAAAAUGCUCGUAAAUUGUUUGAUGAAUUUCUUAAGGCCAAGCAAGAGAAGAUUCGCCAACAAUCUGUGCAAGGUACCAAGCGGCAAAAGAUGAUGGUGGAUCUUGAGAAGAGAGAGCAGGCGGCAUGUGCACCAGACUUGGAUGCGCAAGCACGGAAGGAGGAGGAGAGGAUCGCCAAGAAGUUGAGAGGUGAGAUUAAUAGUGUACGGGAAAGGCACAGACCCAGAGCUGCUACCACCAAGUCUGAGGCAGAGGGAGUGGUGGCUGCUACAAAAACUGUGUGUGGUGACCUUUCCAAUCCACUGCUGGUUGUGCCUCUUCAACGAGAAGCAGCAAUGGAGUUUCCUACUGCUGAAAAAUCUGCUGAGACUGAAAACCUAAGCAAUCUGGUUGGGGCUGGUUAUCAAGCAUUUGAAGAUUCUGUGCUGGAAAAACUACAAAAGGCUGCAAGGAGCCAGAAAUAAUACUCUUGAAGAUUUGAGGGUGGAUGGUGUUUGAUGAGCAUUCUCAAGCUUCGUGAUGAUAUGGCAUUUUUUUUCUUACUUUGACUGAGACAUGAUUUUUUCAGUUGUUGGAGGAUGAUGGGUCUUAACCAAAAGUCUCUGACUCUUGUGUAGCAAAAUCAAAGGCCAUAUGUUGCUCUUACCUGAUAUCAUGUAUUGUAACUCAAGCAGGAAAAAAAAGGACCUAGCUCAACAUCUGCCUAAAGAUUGACCAUUAAGGACUUUUGAGUAUUCUUGAAUGUUGCCGGGACUGAUACCUCUUUCCAUUCCUUUUUUGUAAAUUAUUACUCAUUUUAAUGGUUAGGAAGGUGGAUUGUCGUGGACUUUAUUUCAGGAAAGAUGUAUGGUUCAAAAAAUAUUUGAUACUAUUUUUGACACCUGGAUGUUUUCGUGUUGGAA